UUUUCUGUAAUGCCGUUUGCUUUACCUGAGAAAAAUGAAACCUAAACCCGCAUUUUUUUGUCCAAGUGUUGUAAGUGGCAAUUGGGUAAUUCUUAUACGUCCACUUUCCGUCUUCCUGCGAUUGUGAUUCUCUGAUUCGCUUCGCAAUUAAUCCUCCAUUGUUUGUAUCCAAAUUUUGUAUCUUUUUUUUUCUCAAAUUGUUCUUAGGCAUUUUGGUUUCCUGGAAAGUUGAGAGAUUGAAACUGCCCAUUUCAAUGCUGCCGUUUAAAUUUGCUAUCUCCGGAAGUUGGAAAUUUGUUUGUAAUGGCGUCAAGACAAGUACCAAAGCCAAGAAAAUCUGGGUCUAGCAAGUUAAAGGCUGAUGGUUCCCCUGCAUCUUCAACAACCUCGACAUCUGUGGAUAGCCAUAUCUCCCCUACUUCUUCAUCUGCUCGAAGCAAGCCUCUGUUACACCAUACGCAUCCUCCUGCUUCGCAGUCCAAAGAAAACGUCACAGUGACUGUUCGUUUCCGUCCACUCAGUCCAAGGGAAAUCCGCCGAGGGGAGGAGAUUGCGUGGUAUGCAGACGGGGAAACUAUUGUGCGGAAUGAGAAUAAUCAGUCAAUAGCUUACGCCUAUGACCGUGUUUUUGGGCCUACAACAACAACACGCCAAGUCUAUGAUGUUGCUGCUCAACAUGUCGUUAAUGGUGCUAUGGAAGGGACAAAUGGAAAUGUAGUGACUUUGAGUGUUCAUCCAACCACAGGGACCAUUUUUGCAUACGGAGUGACAAGCAGUGGAAAAACUCACACUAUGCAUGGGGACCAAAGAUCUCCUGGAAUCAUACCAUUAGCCGUGAAAGAUGCUUUCAGCAUUAUACAAGAGACACCAAGGCGAGAAUUUCUCCUACGUGUUUCCUACUUGGAAAUUUAUAAUGAGGUUGUCAAUGAUUUACUGAACCCGGUAGGACAAAAUUUGAGGAUCAGAGAAGAUGAGCAGGGAACCUUUAUUGAAGGGAUUAAAGAAGAAGUUGUGCUAUCCCCUGCUCAUGCACUUUCUCUUAUAGCAGCUGGAGAAGAGCAUCGACAUAUUGGAUCCACAAGUUUUAAUUUGCUCAGCAGCCGGAGUCAUACAAUGUUUACCCUGACCAUAGAGAGUAGUCCCUUGGGUGAAAUUAAUGGAGGUGAAGCUGUACACCUCUCGCAGCUGAACCUCAUUGACCUGGCAGGUUCCGAGAGCUCAAAGGCUGAAACCACUGGUCUAAGGCGAAAGGAAGGGUCUUAUAUAAAUAAAAGUUUGCUGACUUUAGGGACUGUAAUAUCGAAGCUUACAGAUAGGAAGGCUAGUCACGUACCAUAUAGGGACUCUAAAUUAACCAGGCUGCUUCAGUCCUCAUUAAGUGGUCAUGGACGUGUAUCUCUCAUAUGUACAGUGACUCCUGCAUCAAGCAGCUCCGAAGAAACACACAACACUUUGAAAUUUGCCCAUCGCGCAAAGCAUAUCGAGAUUCGAGCCGCACAGAACAAGAUAAUUGACGAGAAAUCAUUAAUCAAGAAGUACCAACACGAGAUUCGCCAACUCAAGGAAGAGUUGGAAGAGCUUAAACAAGGAAUUAAGCCAGUUUCCCAGUUAAAGGAUAUUAGUGAAGAUAAUAUUGUUCUCCUGAAGCAGAAACUAGAGGAAGAGGAAGAUGCUAAAGCAGCUCUCUUGAGUCGAAUCCAACGCCUGACAAAAUUAAUUCUCGUGUCUACUAAAACCCCACAAAAAUCGCGGUUUUCAUAUCGUGUUGACCUUCGGAGAAGACACUCAUUUGGAGAAGAGGAGCUUGCUUACCUACCAUACAAGAGGCGGGACUUGAUGGAUGAUGAGAACCUUGAAUUCUAUGUUUCUCGUGAAGGCAGUCCUGAGAUUAUAGAUGAUGCGUUCAGAGAAGAAAAGAAAACCAGGAAACAUGGACUGCUGAAUUGGUUGAAACUUAAGAAAAAAGACAACAGUUUAGGGGGAUCAAGCAACAGCGACAAGGCGAGUGCGGUCAAGUCAAAUAGCACACCGUCAACUCCUGAAGGGGGAGGCAGUAAUAUUCAUACAGAAUCUAGACUUUCAGAAGGAUCACCAUUGGCGGAUCAAAACUUAGAGCCUAGGGAAGACAAAGAAGCUCACGGAAGCAGUUUUCAUGAGUUAGAGACACCUGAGACUAGAAGAAAAAUGAUUGAUCAGAUGGAAAUACUGAGGGAACAGCAAAAGAUUUUGUCUGAGGAGAUGGCGCUACAAUCAAGGUCUUUCAAACUGUUGUCAGAAGAGGCUGCCAAAGCCCCUCAAAAUGAAGAAAUUAAAGCAGAGAUUAUAAACCUCGAUGGCGACAUCAAGUCGAAGAACGACCAGAUUGCUAAGUUGGGGAAACAAAUUCUGGAUUUUGUAAUAGCAUCACAUGAUGCAUUGGAUAAGUCCGAUAUCGUGCAGGUGGAUUAUCCAGUUCAGGCUGUUUCUGAAAUGAGGACUCAACUAAAUGAGAAAUGUUUUGAACUCGAGGUUAAAGCUGCAGAAAAUCGAAUCAUUCAGGAACAACUCAACCAAAAGACAUGUGUAUGUGAAUCAUUGCAAGAAGAGGUUGCAAACCUAAAGCAGCAGCUUUCUGACGCCCUGGAACUGGGGGAUAUCACAAGCCACAUGCAACAAUCUUUUGAGACCCCAAACAAAAAUGACGAAAAAGUCAUACAAGCACAGGCAUUUGAGAUCGAGGAGCUUAAACUGAAAGCUGCAGAACUAAGUGAACUGAAGGAAGAACUAGAACUCCGGAGCCAGAAACUCGCUGAAGAGAGUUCAUAUGCGAAAGGGCUUGCUUCAGCGGCUGCUGUUGAGCUCAAGGCAUUGUCUGAGGAAGUAACAAGACUCAUGACUCACAAUGGGAGGCUAGCAGCUGAUCUGGCAGCAGCAGCGCAUAAGAGCUCCGUUACACCGCGAGGCAAGUCAGGAAACCUGAGGAAUGGAAGGAGAGAGAGUCUUGUAAAGAGGAAAGAGCAAGACAGCUCGCUGAUGGAACUGAGUAUGAGGAAGGAACGUGAAGCAUCGUUUGAAGCUGCUCUUGUUGAGAAAGUAGAAAGAGAAGCGGAGCUACAGAGAAGAGUAGAAGAGUCGAAACAAAGAGAAGCGUAUCUAGAGAACGAACUUGCUAAUAUGUGGGUUCUUGUUGCUAAGUUGAGAAAAUCCCAAGGAGAUAUAUCUGACUCAGUAUCAGAGACAAGACAAAUCGAUCAUUUUGGAACUUAAAAGUAUGAUUCGAGUUGCAAUAAUCGAUUUGAGAUUCGUGAUUUUGAGUUUGUGCAUUUUGUUUCAAAUCCUAAUUUCCAUUCUAAUGCUCGACUCUUUUUUUGUUUGUUGAUAAUACUGUAAAGGAAGUAUCUCAAAGGCAAAUAAAGUCUCUCUUGUGCAAACUACCUCUUUGAAUCUCCCAACUUGAUUUUAAAAUCUCUAGAUAUAAUCAACAUUCCCAGAAUUAAGAAAGCAGAGAUCAGAAGAACAAAGCUUGAAGCUUUGAAAGCGUUUCGCAACAAAUUCAUUCAUUAUGUUUCAACUAAAACAACCAGUGAGAAUCCAUGGAAAUUUCAGAGCAACGAGCUCAGAAUUAGCUACCCAAUUCAAUAACCACAAAAUUACAGAGAAAAAUCAGGUCUUGACCUGAUCAAUUCGUCUUUGGAUCCGGCAUGGGGAACAACCCACCAGCACCGGUAGCUCCUCUCGGCGGGGAGAAGCCCAAGAACUUCUGCAGAUUGGUCCUUAUGCUGAUGGAGCACAGAAGAUAAAGGAAAGCCAUGGUGCAAUCCGUGGAAUCGUCGCCUUUCAGUCCCCUGUGGCUCAUCUUCCUCACGAUCGUGAUCGGGUGGAAAGGAAGCUUCGCGACGACUUUCCCUUCGAAGAGCGAGUUCAACAGGCCGAACACCACAAAGAGAACCAGAGCCACGACGGCGCCCGAUUUGAACUUGAAGAGCGAGAGAUCCCUGCUCGACUCCUUCAGGCUGGUCUCCACGCGAUCUAUCUUCUUCGUCUUCGACUUCUUGAUGUUUAGCUUCGAGGAAGGAUUAUCGGUCUUCAUCGUCUCCAGCUUCUUCGAGGCCUUGUCAAUCGAAUAUUUCAGGGAUCGGUAGGAGCUCGUGCGGUAGAUUAGGAUCCACGAGAUUGCUUCGCAGACCAAGGCCGUGCAGAAGGAGAUUCCGACGACGGUAAGGCUAUCGGCGUACUUGAAAGAGGCGAAUAGCGGCAUCGCGGUCGCCAUUUCGCAAAAGACACACACAGCUUUGAUUUCCUAUACGGCGAUACGAUAUACAGUCUACUUUUAAAAUGUCACUGUUUUAGCUUAAUUUAAAACGGCAUAGCAUGCACUACUGAUGCCGUUUUACUAUAUGAAAAACGACACAC